AUUUUAUACUUCAAGAUAAAUAAUAAUCAUUGAUCAAAAAUGAAGUUACAGUAUUUUUUGGUAUUGUUUUUUAUAGAACAACAUCACGCAAGACAUGUUUCUACUCCUGGAAGUGGUAUACGGAUACCAUUGACAAGGACGCCGUUGACAUUGGAAAAGUUGGCUUUACCUGCAACCAAAAUCGAAUCAAUGUACAAUGGGAAAAGUAUCAAUGAAUCGGUUAUUCCUCUUCGAUUCCAUCCAAUUAGCGAGUACUACGGUCCUGUUUCAAUUGGAACGCCAUCUCGAGAGUUUCAAAUGAUUUUUGAUACAGGAUCCUCCCAACUCUGGGUACUCUCGAAAAGGUGCCAUGCUUCGAGAUGUGAAAAAAAUGGGCUUGAUCUAUAUGACCACAAGAAGUCAACAACGUACGAACAACCAACAAAGCCUCAUUGUGAUACAAACAUAACAUAUGGAACGGGAGAGGUAUCUGGAUUUUGUUCAAAGGAUACAAUAACAUUGGACGGAGUUAAACUCAAGAACACAGAAUUUCUUGAAGUUGUUGAGAUCACAAAAGAAUUUCCACAGGGUCCAUACGAAGGUCUUGUCGGAUUAGCUUAUAAUUACGACAGACCAUCCGAUAACGCCAUCACACAAUUUUGCCAGACGGUUAAUCGAGAGAAUAAAUUUUCAUUCUAUUUUACCAAGAAUAUAUCGAAUACCGAUGGUGGGGAAUUAACGUUAUGUGGUAUAGACGAAUCGAAAUUUCGAGGCCCGUUGAAUUACGUGAAUGAAACUAAGCAGUUUCCGUUCGGUACAUGGUUAAUUCCAAUUAAAAACACUUCAUUACAACUUGGUCGGGAUCAUAUCAUGGAUGUGGGUUCAAAGACGCUUGCCUUGGUGGACACUGGCACUAGUCACAUUGUUGGACCGCCAAAAAGUAUUCGCGCAAUAUAUAACGUUACAAACGCUGACUCAUAUGGUAUAGUCAAUUGCAAAGAUAUCCCCAAGUUUCCCAAUGUAACAUUUGCAAUCGGUGAGAAAAAAUACACACUGGAAGGAAAAGAUUACACUUUUGAGAUUAAAGAACAUUCCACAAUAGUGUGCGCGAUUGGCUUUGGAUUUGGUACUUCAUUUUUUUCUGACAAAUGGAUUUUAGGAGAUGUUUUCUUCAGGAAGUACUACUCCGUUUAUGACAUAGAAAACCACAGAGUUGGAUUUGCCGAAAGCAUUCACACCCACAUCAACACCGAUUAAACAUCACAUGACUCAAAGAGCGAUAUCAAUGAUGUGUAAACUCAACAUCAAAUUCAUACAUAACUGCCCGCCGAACAUUUGGUGUCAUUUUACUGUCAACUGUGCGCCAAAACAUCGUCAAUUUUGUGUCAAGGAAUUUCGACCAAUCAGAAUGGAGGUGGCUCCGCCUACUUUCCAGUUUCAGGUUUGACGAAGAUUUGACGCAGUCAAUAAACGGUCAAAUUUGUGUCAAAUUCGUGUCAUGAAAUCCAUGACACAAAAUUGGCACGAAUAUGACAUAUUAUUGACAAUUUUUCAAGGACACUGAAUUGAUUCAUUUAAUGUAGUGAAACUACAACAGGUCUUUGACGUGAUUUUGACGCUUAUGUGACACUUUUGUGACAUAUUCCAAAAAUUGAUGUUUGUUGAGCAAUUUCCUGAUUUGUGAUGAGAUAAUUUUUAAAUUCUAUUGCAAAUCUUUUUUUUUUUUUU